UUGUAAGAAGAAAAUAAAUAAAUUCUUUAGUUAGUUUUGAGCUUAAUUGUUCAUACAUGUUUUAUUAACUAACAUGCUUGAGGUCAUAGAGAACAAUUUUUUCGUCGAUGAAAAGUAAACAAGAGAGAAAGAACAAGAAAAUGUGAUAUCAGUUCUUGCUUGUGGUGCAUGAACCAUGGUUUCCAUCACGGAUAUUUACAAAACUGGCGUUACAGUUUUUAAAAUAUACACAGUCAUUCAAUCUGUCUUCCAAGAUUACCUUGAUAUUGACAUAACAGUUGAUCCCUUGUCUGUUCCCGAUCAAGUGUUGGGAAAAAUUGAUGUGUUUUUGUCACCCAAUAGCACUGCACAAAUUGAAAGACUUGUCAAUAAAACUACUGUGGAGUACGCGAAAAUUGAAUCUAUAGUGCGAGAUGCAAGGAUAUGUGUAGAAAAAGUUGUUAACAAAACUAAAGUGACGAAAAGUAUCGACGAUGCUCGAGAUGGAAUGUGUAAUUGUUUUAACUUCGAUGGACAUGGUGUUAUAUCGCCUAUUAAAAGUUUCUGCAAAAAACAAAAUACGUGUCUUAUUGGUAACUGGACAGCAUUUGUUGGAGCUGUAUUGAUGAUACCUGCAGUAAGUUUGUCGCAUUCUUCAAACAUAUCUAGAAGAAUGAAAAAUAUGUGCCAAAAUGACAAAAAUGAAAGUUUAUUUCUGAUCAUCAUGACCAUUAUAAAGAAACGAAAGAGUUGCUGCCUUGGUUCCUGCAAUAGCCAUGGCGGUCCAGUUAUACCAUUAAAUAUGCUGGACAGUUACAAGAACAGAUUCGCUCACGCCUUUUGUUUCUGUGUAUCUGUAUCGCGUAUUAGUAAUGUAAUUCUUGGUGAUACCAGAGCGGUGCUAGGUCCAGAUAUUUAUAACGAAUUGUCAAAAUGGCCCCCUUAUCUUAACUUGUUUAUUCGCGCCAUUUGUGCAAUAGUUAUCGCCAUUGUAUGUUAUCCCUUGUUUACUUGUUUGUCAACAAAACGACGCUUCGUUGGAGCUAUCUUUGGCUUUUGUUACUGCACUAUAUGGUUUUGUCUUGAAUGCUGGAAAGAGAAGCAAGUCUAUGACUGUUACGAUCACGAUGUUGUCCAGAAUACCUUAUACCUUAUAUUAAUUGAUCUUCCAAGCUUGGUCUGUUUAGUGGUUCUUGCAUUCAUAUUUGCUAAAAUCGCCUAUAAAUGCAUACAGAAGCAUGGCUUGUAUUUGCAACUUUUGCUUGCAGAAGAAGAGGUUGAUUGGCAAGAUGAAUACUUCUAUCACUAUACCAGAAAGCUUCUUACUGGCAAUAAAAGUUUUAUAGCAACUACAGAAAUGGAAAUCGACGGUUUAGAGCAAAUCAAAGAGAAAGUUCAAAAUAAGGAUGGUAAAAUUAAAACUGAAAAAAAGUUCAAAAAUAAAAUUAAAGAUAUUAUGUAUUCAAAUGUUCCAGAAUUCCGUUACUCUACUCGAAUCAUCUGUGCUAUCGCUGUUUCAGCAGUGACAAUCUACAUGAUGAUUCUUAUCAUCGCAUUCUUUGGUUACUUUGUUAUUGAUAAAACAUUAAAUUCAUUCGUGUAUGGAGACCGAUUUGAAAACAUUUUGAAAGCAAUUGGUUGGGAAGACUACUUGGAAAUGUUUAAAGUGCAUUUUGGCAUUUUAAUCACGUGUUAUUAUGUGAGCGUUGCAGUUGGAGCAAUCAAGGUUUGGGUCGUCAUCACCAACAUGAUGUCAUGGUAUCGAAAGCAGAUCAUUAAAUUGAGAAAAGGCGACAAACGCUGGCUACCAACAUCAAUUAGAAAAGCAGUGUUUGAGAAUAAUGAUGACAGUGUUGUUGAUUUGGUGACCAGCAGUAUGAAAUAUGCGGGUUAUCAAGUUUCAUAUAUUGCUUGGAGUUUUAUUGUGUUCACAUUAAUGUUGUGGGUGGGCCUUGCUAUAGCUGGUUCACUUGUAUUCUAUCCCUUAUCAAAAUGGGACUGGAACCCGCCAACCUUCACUUGGCUAUUUCUUAAAAUAUGGCCAGUAAUAGUCAUUGCAGUAGCACUUAUCAUUUCUCAAACUCUGGCUUCAAAAUUUUUCUUCGUGUAUGGAGAUGGGAAAUCAUUAGCAGUCAAUAAUAGGAAUGCGUUUCAUAUCUACUCCUACUUCAUGUUCUAUUUCAACAUAUUCGCUGGCCUAGCUUCCUGUUUAACUCGAAUCAUCUUUCAAAUUAUAUUUGGUAUUCUCUUCUUGGAAAGGGUGCAAAAAAGUGUAUUACCAAGAUCCUAUGAGAAACGAGAUCCAGGUUACAAUGCUUACCUUGGAUAUCUUUUGGUUGAACAUACACAUGCAAACCCUGUUCUGACUGUUUUUAUUCAUCUGUGCAUGGAUAAAGCGAAACACAACUACAAUGCGGAGGAAGUAGAAGCUUCAUAUUCUCCAACAGAAGAUGGACACAAAAUUCAGUUACAAAACAGGCUAUCAAGAGUUGAUAUGUCGAAAAGAUACCUAAUAGUGAGAAACAGAUUUUUCCUUAUGUUGACUUUAAUACGAAACCCUGGGUUAGGAAAAUACAGAAAGAAAGAGCGAAGAUUAGCACGAAAAAAUAUCUGGCAUGUUGUUACUGAAAAAGAAGAAAUUAAAGAAAGUAAGCAAACUGAACAAAAUGAAGAAGUAUAUAUAAACGAUGACAUUAAUUCUGUAAAUUUUUGUGUUACAUAAAAUUUUUAACCAAACCACCAAUUACUGUUCGCUCAAAAUGUUGAAAGUCGACUUUUGAGAACAGGGAGUCGUUUGAUGACUCACCAACGACUACAUUUUGACAGAUAUCACCUUGUAUUUAAAAUCUGCAAUAUAGUUUUUUGUUUAAA